GUGUCAGACCAGAAGCCUCUGGGCAGCUGGAUGGUGAAACAAGGACAAACACUGACCUGUUCAGCCGUCUACAACACAAAAACUAAGGAAUAUAUUGCAGUCUCUGACAACAAGGUGAUAAGAAUUUGGAAAGAAGAUGAUGUCGUACUGGACAAAGCCUUCAAAGCAACAGUGUCAGCAGAUGUCUGGGUGGUACAUUCGGCACAUGGAGGGGACCCUGUGGUUUUGUUUCAGAGAGGGGCUUUGAGGCUGCUGGACUCACUGCUCUCUGCUCCCCAGCAGCCCGUAGAGGAUGUCCUGGCUCCGGACGAGGCUAUCAGGUGGAGCACCAGCAUAGUGACCGAAACACAGCAGCUGCUGCUUUUUACGUCUGAACUGAAAGGAGAACAUUUCCUCUACCUGCACAGACUGAACCCCAACUCUUUACAGAGGUACCGGCUGGAGAGGGAGGAGCCGGGCCUCUCCCCGCUCCGCUUCUCUGCCUCCUACAAGAAUAAACACGUCUGCCUGCUUUAUCUCUACCCCAACGGUCAUGUCUACCGGAGUUCGAUCUCCGUUCGGGGUCCAGCGGCCGAAGAAGGGGCCGAGGCUCCUCGGCUGCCACGCAGCCUGCUGCUGGCUCUUCCUGUGGGCGAGGAGCUGCUGGAAGUGGCGUCGGCCAUCAUCCUAGAUGAUGCCCAUGUAGCCGUGGUGGGAGCUCCACACCCCUCUGCAGGACCAGGGAAAGAUUUUCUCUGCAUCUGGAAUACAAAUUUUCAAACACUUCAAGCUGCAAAAGAAAUGGCUGGGAAAAUCUACGGACAACUGUGGAGUUUUUCAAACAAGUUAUUUGCUCCACAUGGAAACACUCUAUCUGUUAUCCCGUUUGAAUGCCCCAAAUCUUCCCUCGCUUCUGCCCUGGGGAAGUUAAAGCAGGCCAAGACUGAAGAUUCCAAGCUACCAGUUUUGGUGCCAUCUUGGAAUAACAUUCUGCAUGGAGACAAACUGCAACACCCUAAAACAAUGGAGACCAGGAAGACCAGAACGCAAAGAAGAACCCAAUCAACUCCCAGUUUAACAACUGACCAAGUACUAGAGCUGAUCAAGACGGCACCAGCAGAGGAGGUCCAAAGAGAGGUAGAAGAGCUCCUGUCCAGACAGGACCUGCAGGACCUGCAGCCCUCAUUAGGACAGAUCGCAGUAACUCUUGUGUCUCGGAGCCUGGCUGAGCCGACGUUUUACUGCCCCGACUCUUUAGCACAACUUGUGCGCACUCGGUGCCUCUGCCACAGCGUCUGUCCUGAUCUUUUGCCUCUGGCCCUGGAGAAGAAGGAUUAUUUUCUGUGUCAGCUCUGCUUGCAGUUCUUCCCUGAUAUCCCAGAGGCUGUCACCUGCGCCUGCCUCAAGACUUUUAUUGGUUUGCCAGAUGUCGAUGCUGAGAAGUUGAAUCUGGAGCCUGAAAGUGUCUCUUUCAUGGAAACUAUAAUCUCAACACAGCAAGGCCAGGCAGGCUUGCAGAAUGGUUUUAGUCCAACUACCUGUGCGAACGAGCCGUCGGACGCCAGCAGUGUCCAACAGACUAAAGGAAGAACCGAGGAGAGGGCCAGAAAUCCACCAGAACAGAUUUGUCCAAUAGGGGUCCACAAAGCCGCUUUAAUAAACGAGGUCCUGCAGACUGCGUACAGUGACAAUUUCCUCCUCCCACACCUGAAGGGUCUUUCCUCUCAACAUGUCAUUCUUUUCCUCCAGUACCUGCAGUUUCUCUACCUACAAUAUUCCCAAAAUGCUUUCCCACAAAAGCACAGCUUCAGAUCACCAAGUCUGGAUCAGGUCAUGGAUUGGGUUUGCCUGCUGUUGGACGCCCAUUUUACAGUUUUAGUGAUGACUCCAGAGGCCAAAGGCUUGCUGCUGAAGCUUCAACAUUUUGUUAAGUCUCAGGUGAAGCUCUUUUAUGAGCUUGGAAAGAUCGAGGGCAGCCUCCAAGAGCUUAAAAAGACGAAGCUGAAGGAAGACGUGGGACAGUACUCCAUUGAAGUCAUUGAGUUAUUUUAAAAUAAGUGUGCAGAAUUAUUUUAAUCCACUUCUCAACAUUUCAGAUAAAGGAAAUGCUUCUUGUGACGAAGCUUUGCUCUACAUGGGAAAAGUACAUUGACCUAAAUUAGACAUUACAGUCGUGGCAGAUGUUUAUAAAUUCUUUGUGUAAAUUUGUUUGUCCGUCAAAUAUCUUUUGCAUGUUUAAUUCACUGUCAUUAUGGGUGAAUGAAAUACAGGCGUAGAACAUUUUAAUAAACAUUUCUUUUAUAAUAAUAGAAAUUUGAAACUUCUAGGUUCGUAUUUUUGUUUCUUUGAAGUGUCAUAACGCCUGAAUAUUUGUAAAUCUUUGUAAGUUUUGACUUUAUUCCAUUUUCCAUAUGAAAGUCUGAUAUGUUGACUAGAACUAUAAAACAUAAACACUUCA